GAUCUGGUGACCGAUGAGUGGGGAAAAGAGGACUUGGCAACCGAUAAGUGGGGAGAAAAUAUUCUCCCGACUUCUUCAACAAUGCCUCUCGUUUCUAAAAAAAAGCGCGCCUACAAAAAUCAAUUACGUGAUAAAACCGGAAGGUUCGGAGCAUCCAAAAAAUUUAAAAUAACUGAGGGGAAUGGAAUAGAAAAAGAUCCGGUGGCCGAUGGGUGGGAGGAAGAGGAUCUAGUAGCCGAUGAGGGGGGAGAAGAGGAUCUGGUGACCGAUGAGUGGGGAAAAGAGGACUUGGCAACCGAUAAGUGGGGAGAAAAUAUUCUUCCGACUUCUUCAACAAUGCCUCUCGUUUCUAAAAAAAAGCGCGCCUACAAAAAUCAAUUACGUAAUAAAACCAGAAGGUUCGGAGCAUCCAAAAAAUUUAAAACAACUGAGGGGAGUGAAAUAGAAAAGGAUCCGGUGGCCGAUGGGUGGAAGGAAGAAAAUCUGGUAGUCGAUAAGUGGGGAGAAGAGAAUCUGGUGACCGAUAAGUGGGGAAAAGAGGAUCUGGCAGCCGAUAAGUGGGGAGAAAAGGAUCUAGCAGCCGAUGAGUGGGGGGACGAGGAGGAUAGUAACUGGGAAGACGAGAUAGAUUUUCAAGAAAGUCGGAAGGAACACCUAACAAAACAAGCAUUAGAGUUAGUUUGGAAGGAUAAUACUGUACUAGAAAAUCAAAAACGUGGUCCUUAUCUUGUUGGGCCAACAAAGAAAUCAACAUAUUAUGAAAAAUGGGGUCCGAAUGGUGCAUAUACUAUUGCGACAAAAGGUACAAAAAAAAUAAAUGAGUAUUUCUCCUCUCGAGAUGAUUCUAACAGUAAUAGUUUAUUUUCGGAUGAGGUUUUAAACAAUGUGGAUAGAGGAGAUGGUUGGGCAUCCGAGAACACUUUGCAAAAAAUAACAGCAUUAAAAACUGA